CUUCCCUCCUCCCGGGUCCGCGCGAACGCGGUUUCCUUGCCUCAUUUGUCCUCGCCCCUCCCCGUCCCUCUACGCGUUUUGGUUCCUGGUUGGUGCUUCCUGGUCCCAGCUGCGGCAGUGAUAUCAAGAUUACUGCCUUUUCAUGAUGUUUGGUGGCUAUGAGACUAUAGAAGACUAUGAAGAUGACCUCUACCGUGAAGAAUCAUCAAGUGAACUUAGUGUUGACAGUGAGGUGGAAUUUCAGCUCUAUAGCCAAGUUCAUUAUGCCCAAGAUCUGGAUAAUGUCAUCAGGGAGGAAGCACAAGAAGAGAUGCACUCUGGGAAUUUUGAAUCGUCUAGUAAACCAAAUCAGAACUUAAUUAUCCUUUCAGAUAGUGAGGUUAUCCAGCUAUCAGAUGGGUCAGACGUCAUCACUUUGUCUGAUGAAGAUAGUGUUUAUAGAUGUAAACGGAAGAAUUUUAGAGUUCAAGCAAAAAAAAAAAAGACCCAAGGUUUUCCUGCUUCUCUUCCUUCUAAUGAGUUGGCUGAUAAGAAAUGUAAGAGGAAUAUUCAGAAACCUCAACUUGGAGAGAGAACCAGUACAGUCCGAGAGGUCAUGGUCAUAGAGGUCAGUUCAAGUGAAGAAGAGAGUACCAUUUCAGAAAGUGAUAAUGUGGAAAGUUGGAUGCUCCUGGGAUGUGAAGUUGAUGAUAAAGAUGAUGAUAUUCUUCUCAACCUUGUUGGAUGUGAAAAUUCUGAUAAUGAAGGAGAUGAUGGUGUAAACUGGUUCAUCAGUGAAAAAGAUAUUGAGGCCCAGAUUAGUAAUAAUAGAUCUUCUGGAAGAAUGAAUCAGCGAUACUAUUCAGCGAACAAAAAUGUCACCUGUAGAAAUUGUGACAAACGUGGCCAUUUGUCAAAAAACUGCCCCCUUCCACAAAAAGUACGCGCCUGCUGCCUCUGUUCUGAGCGAGGACACCUCCAGUAUGCCUGUCCAGCCCGUUUUUGCUUAGACUGUUCUUUGCCUAUGUCUUCCACUCACCGAUGUCUUGAAAGACAUUCCUGGAGGAAGCGAUGUGACCGAUGUGACAUGAUAGGUCACUAUGCUGAUGCUUGCCCAGAAAUCUGGAGGCAGUAUCACCUAACGACCAAACCUGGGCCACCCAAAAAGCCGAAGACUCCUUCUGGACAGUCAGCUUUAAUGUAUUGCUACAACUGUGGACAAGAAGGCCAUUUUGGACAUGAGUGUACAGAAAGAAGAAUGUUCAACCACAUCUUCCCAGCCACUCCAUUCAUCUACUACUACGAUGACAAAUAUGAGAUUCGGGAGAGAGAACAGAGAAUAAAACGAAAAGUGAAAGAACUCCAGAAAUGUGGGAGUUUGCCAAGGCAGGUCAAGAGACCUCAUAUGGAAGCCACAGAUAAAAAGUGCUACCGUGAGAGGAGGAAGAGCCACAGGUGGUCUCGGGAAAAGAAGGAAACCCAGAAAGAAACGAUGCACAGGAGCAGCCGAGAGCAGAGGAAGCACAGGAAGGUGGACAGGUUUCUGCACACAGAGGACGAGGACUUUCCCAGGGGCCCCAAACUCUGCUCUUCCAGAUUCGACCCUCAGAAAAACCAGAAGCCUCACAAGUCCUGCCGCCAUCCUCAUCACCACAAACCACGGGAAGACAGGAUGCCCAAAGAGGGCAAGCAAGGCAAGCAUAAGAGAAAGGAGAGAAGCUUGGAGGAAGAGGAGAGUGAUAACUUAUUUCUUAUCAAGCAGCGGAAAAAGAAGUCAAAACUGCAGGACUGUUGAGCCACUCAGCCCCGGUGCGUGUGGUCUUCCUUCUCCCACAGCAUUUUCAUUGUCUCUGAUUUCUAUAAAUGAGUGAGUGAUCUCAGCCAUACCAAAGCUGCCAGGCAAAAGCCCAGGACAUCUCAGUUCUCUGUGUCCAACCGGUGCUUAGGAAAGAAAGCAAAGAUAGACUCAGACUUCACCUGUUCACAUCUCCUCAGAAUCUGGAAACAGGAAGAAUUCACUCUUUGAGGGAAAAUUUUAGGAAUUAUUUUUUAAAAAAUACAAGUUUAUCCGAUGUAAUUCAUCUGCAGUGUGAGUAUGAAAAUUAAAUCCUUUGGGGAUGAGAAAUUAAUGUCUGUAUGACAACUCAUCAGUCUUUUAACAUAUCUCCUGUCUCUCCCUCUCUCUUUUUCUCUCU